AUGCAAUGGGUUGUCUGUCUCAGCCAGCUCAUUCUGCACACAGCAACACACACUAAUUAUUGUAAAGUUCACAAGGGGUCAACCGUUUGUGAAAAGUAUGACAGGAACCAGUGUCUGGAUGGCACUGGCCCUUGUGUGACCACCAUUGAGGAAUGUGCUAAUCUGACCACAACCAACAAUGAGCCCCUGGAUGAGCCACACAACCACAUGCUGUGCUUUGCUUCAUGGCUGACCAUCAACAACUCACAAGAUCAGAUUAUUAAGAAGGGCUGUUGGAUGAAUGAUAACAAGUGCUAUGAGCAGCCUGAGUGUGUGGAGGACAGAUACAGCGCCUCAGUGUUCUUCUGCUGCUGUGAUGGUGACCUCUGCAACAAGGAAUACAUCCACCGACCUUCAGGAGAACCACCGCAAGUCAUCCGGCAGCCGGAGCAGCUGACCAAGACACUGCUGUACUCGAUAGUCCCCAUUUUGGGUGUGGGCAUUCUUGUGGUGACUCUCUUCUUCAUGUGGCGCAGACACCAGCACCACAUGGGGCACACCCAGCUGCCGACAGUGGAUCCCAGCCUGGCUGCGACCCCGACUCAGUCAACACUGAAUAUACACCUGUUAGAGCUUAGGGCCAGGGGUCGUUAUGGAUCCCUGUGGAAAGCUCAGCUUGCAGAUCACUCCAUGAAAUACGUGGCAGUGAAGAUAUUCCCUCUCCAAGACAAGCAGUCGUGGAUGGCAGAGCUGGAUAUCUACAACCUCCCUCACAUGAAGCAUGAGAAUGUUCUCAGAUUCUUUGCCCCUGAGAAGCGUGAGGACAACCUAACCACUGAGCUUUGGCUCAUUGCAGAGUUCCAUGAGAAAGGUUCCCUGUGUGAUUACCUCAAGGCAAACACUGUGACCUGGGCUCAACUGUGCCGCAUAGGGGAGUCCAUGACCUGUGGGCUGGCCUACCUUCACGAUGAGAUCCCAGCAACGUAUGGCUCCCCAGCAAAGCCAGCUAUAGCUCACCGUGACUUCAAGAGCAAGAACGUGCUGCUUAAGCAAGACCUGACUGCAUGCAUCGCUGACUUUGGGCUGGCACUGAAGUUUGAACCUGGCAAAGUGUUUAACGAAACACAUCCGCAGGUGGGCACUCGACGAUACAUGGCUCCUGAAGUGCUGGAAGGAGCUAUAUGUUUUAAUCUAGACUCCUUCUUGCGUAUUGAUAUGUACGCGUGUGGGCUGAUCAUCUGGGAACUCAUGACCAGAUGCUCUUCUCAGGAUGGGCCUGUGGAUAGCUAUCGGCUACCAUUUGAAGCAGAAGUUGGACUUCAGCCAACGCUGGAAGAGAUGCAAACAUUAGUGGUCACACAGAGGAUGAGGCCAGCAAUCAAUCCAGUCUGGCGCAAGCAUUCUGGACUGGGUAACCUCAUUUCAACGGUGGAAGAAUGCUGGGACCAGGAUGCAGAGGCCCGCUUGUCUGCCGGUUGUGUCAAAGAGCGCAUCGGACAACUGGCCCGUAUCAUCAACUCAGGGAGCGGAGGAGGGUCUCUCAACGAGCAGUCCUCAUUGCUGACCACACAGACAGCUCAGGUCAACAGAGUGUCCUUCCUUGUGCCUAGCCCUGCCAUCAUCAACGGUGGCGCCACUGACAGAGACACGUUCGUGACACUGCCCCCUGACCCGGUAUCAUGUUAA